AUGGCUAUCGACGGCUGGGCACCUCUAAUAGACGGACAUGUCUACUUUGUUUCAGUGAAGGGAUACAACAAGGUAGGCCUGCACAGUUUGAUAACUUCACGACCUGUGACGGCGGACACCACGCCGCCCUCUAGCGGCCACGUGUAUGAUGGACAACGCAGCACCGUCAGUGGCCAGAUCAAGGACGCUGACUUUGUUACCGUGAUAUCGGAGAUGGGAUCCUACUGGGAGGGGUUUUCCGACCCCCACUCUUCCAUUAGUCACUAUCUCCUCCAGGUGGGAACGUGUCGGGGAUGUGACGACACGCUCGCUCAGUCACACGUGGGGGCAAGAACAGACGUGCGGUUCUAUGACGUUUCCUUCAAGUACGGCAUGCCGUAUUACGUGACGGUGACAGCGUGUAACAUGGCAGGUCUGUGCACCAUGGCGACAAGUGAUGGUGUCAUCUUAGAUGUGACAGCUCCACGAACAGGGAACAUCAUAGACGGAACCCAAGAUGAAGACGUCCAAUAUCAGGCUUCCAGGACAUUCCUUGGAUGUAAGUGGCGGGGCUUCCAGGACCCUGAGUCUGUGUUGGACCACUAUGAAUGGCGCGUAGGAACAACACCAGGAGGUGGCGAAAUUCUCGAACCAACGAACGCAGGCCUAGAAGAGGCCAUCUUCCACACGCUGUCACGUGACGACCAGCUUCCGGUUGGACCGACUCUCUACACGACAGUGCGGGCCUACAAUAAAGCAGGUGAUCUGGAACACGUCAUCGAUAUCAUAUCACAUAUUCGCAGACAUCUCUUACUGUUCAGUGAUGGAGGCCAGGGGUCGUCCAACAGCCUCUGGUUUCCCAAUUAG